GGUCUAGUAGCAAAGGUACGUGGUAAAAUCUUCAAUGAUGAUCGUCCCUGUGUGGAGUGAGGAGUGCCUCGGCAGUUUCCAAUGGAUUCAAAAUCGGAAGGUAGAUACGGUCCUUCGGUAGUACGAGGAUGUACGUACCGUAUCAGAUGCUGUACAUUGUACUUUGUACUACUAAUCCUUACUUUACCCGUACUCGUACCGGUACGUAUCGUACAACUUGCCACUUGCCACUCGGCACUCGGCACUCGGUACGAUAGCAAUCGAAUGACGAGAGAGCAAUGACGCACACAACACUUAAAACUUGUUGACACCCGUGUUUUUUUUUAAUUCUCCACCCUUGACUAGUUGACACCAACAUGAGAAUCAAAAUGCCCGACCACAGGCUCGAUUUGCCAAAUGUGCCUUCUUCAGUGACUCACAGCAAUUUUGAGUCGAAUGGAAUGAACCGAAUCAAUCCACCAACAUCAGCACCAACAGUUGCAUUCCCAUCUAACGUGUAARAAGAAGGAGUUCCCGUCAGAGUAGCAUCGGUCGGGUUCAGCACAUGUUUUGAAGCGUUGUAAGUGCGUUCAAUACCGAAAAGUGUGAGYGUGAAUACGAGAGCGAACAAAAAUACCCGUCACAACGCGCCCGGAGCAAAUCAAAAAAGGGAGGAGUGCAGGGAAGGUCAAGGACACACAGCAGCAAGAACUGUAACAGCAACAGUACUGCAACAACAAUAUUGUAACAAUGACAGGCGUCCGUCGUUCGAAGACGAAACGAGAGAGGACGGCGACGUUUCUAGUGCUCGGUGGCAUCGGUCUUCUGGGCAACCUGACAAAUUCGGGGGUGCGAUGUUUUGCCAUCGGCAACAAUGAGAAGCACCACAUGCGGCACCAUCCGAACAGUUCGACGAAUGCGCCACUCUCGAAAAGGAGACGGCAGAACAGCAUCAUCAACAACAGCAACAAUCUAUACCAUUCGAAAUCCCUGGCGAAUCCGAGUGUUGUCGGGCACACCAAUGGCCACGACGACGGCAUGUACCCUUGCCGCGGAGGCCACGCGCUUCGAGCGACGAGGCAGGCGGGAAGCGCCGACGGAGAAAACAUCCCGGACGCUUCUGCGAUGGAUGGAGCCAAAAAGCCCGAGCAGGGCCUCUGGCCGUGCAUGGACAAAAUGGACAAGGAGCUCAUCAAAAUCUCCCUGCCCGUCAUUGGCAACUACGCGAUCGGACCGCUGAUAGGCGCCGUCGAUUUGUUCUGGGUCAACCGAAUGGGGAACGCCCUAGCCGUUGCGGGGCAGGCCGCGGCCAACCAGGUCUUCUCGUCUGCCUUUUGGUUUGUUUCCUUCUUGCCCAGCGUGACCGCCACCCUGGUCGCCAAGCAGCACGCCAAGGGAAACAAGGAGGCGACGCAGGACGCCAUCUGCCAGGCCCUUUUUGUGGGAUUUUUCAUCGCCCUGAUCGGAACCCCCGCMAUGUUUUUCAGAGCCGACGGAGCCCUGUCGUCCGUCCUCCCGAAGGGGGCACCGGCCAUGGCCUAUGCCAAGCCCUACCUGAUGAUUCGAGCCUUUGCGUUCCUGCCGUCGCUGAUUUCCCUGGUCGGCUUUAGCGCCUUUCGGGGGAUCCUGGACACCAAGACCCCCGUGAAGAUCAGCGCGUUUGCCAACGUGUUCAACGCCCUGUUGGACCCCAUAAUGAUCUUCACCCUGGCCAUGGGCGUCCCGGGGGCCGCCAUGGCCACGCUGGCCGCCGAGGUCAUCUCGGCGCUGAUUUAUCUCGGGCUCCUGCGGAAAAAGCAGUUGAUAUCCUGGGGGAAACUGGUGCGGCCCCCGUCGUGGGCCAGCCUCAAGCCGCUGGUCAAGGGGGGUGCCGCGCUGCAGCUGCGCAAUUUGUCGCUCAACCUCACCUUCCUGGCGGUGGCCCGGGUGACGCAGUCCAUCGACCAGAGCGGGGUCGCCGCGGCGGCGCACGCCAUGGCGAUCCAGACCUUUCAGAUCGGAGGGAUCGUCCUGCUGGCCCUGUCGACGGUGGCGCAGAUCAUGGUCCCCAACGCGAUGGUCGAGCGCGUCGACGAGGAAACCAAGGCCAGCGUCGGUGGAUUGAUGCACGCCAAGGCCACCGCCAACCGGUUGAUGGGAUGGGGCUUUGUGCUGGGGUGUGCCCUGGGGUCGCUCCAGAUACUGCUGCUGCCGGCCAUGUUCAAGGCGACCCCGCUGCAGGAGGUCCGGGACGCGGCCAAGCUCCCCGCCGUCAUUGCGAGCGUCCUGCAGAUCAUCAACGGACUCGUCUUCAUCGGGGAAGGAAUCAUGAUCGGGACGGGGUCCUUUCUGCAGCUGUCCCUGAGCACCCUGACGGCCACGCUGGGGUGCCUCUGGGCCCUCUGGUUCUUUCCACCAAAGGUGGGACUCACGGGCGUCUGGUUGGGUUUCGGCGUCUUCAACCUCAUCCGACUGGCGGGGGUCUACAUUCAUCAAAAAAUCAAUGGACCUCUGUCUCUGCGAAAAAUUGCAGCGAAGGUCAAGACGACCUAGAAUCUCAAUCUUGCCCUAUCCUAGAACUCUCUUAAGUUUGGUUAUUAAAGCUAUUUACAAUCA